CACCGGUGGCGUCUAUAAAACGUUGCCUAGCAACCAAACAAACUUUUUUUCACCCAGAGAAAAAGAAGAUAAACAUAAAGAGCUGACUUGUGGACAUGUUGAGGAGUAAAAGAACGCCGCACGUUCAAGCGUUUACCGUGAAAGCCGCCAUGAAGAGCGCCGCGGAAAGGCAGGCCUCGGUAACCUCUCAAGCAAGAAUGCCAGCGAAAUGUAGCAAGCUCAAACAGGUGUCUGCUCGCCCGAUUUACUGUCAGCAAAACGGGUGACGCAAUGCACCCCCCACCCCCCCAUGUGAAGUGGCAGGCUGGUCGCCACGCAAAGGCCUUGUGUCAAAAGAGCAAGUGUGAUGGGAAGAGAUGGACUGAAAUGAAAAGCGAGAUUAACGCUUAUUGCAAGGUGGCAGGUCCCCCUCCAGCAGGGGCUUUUCAGGAGCGGCCCCCCAAACCCACCAUGUUUCGGAAGUUCUAUGAGCGAGGGGAGUUCCCCAUGGCGCUGGAGCACGACACCAAAGGCAACCGCAUCGCUUGGAAGGUGGAGAUCGAGAAGCUGGACUAUCACCACUUCCUGCCGCUGCUCUUCGACGGUUUAUGCGAGACGGUGCACCCGUACGAGUUUUUCGCCCGCCAGGGUAUCCAUGACCUGCUGGAGCACGGUGGACCCAAGAUUCAACCCGUCAUCCCGCAGCUAAUCAUUCCCAUAAAGAAUGCCUUAAACACGAGGAACCGUCAGGUGAUCUGCACGACCCUGAAAGUUCUGCAGCAUCUUGUGAUGUCCGGUGACACAGUGGGAGAAACCCUGGUGCCCUACUACCGACAGAUCCUACCCAUCCUCAACAUCUUCAAGAACAUGAACAUCAACUCGGGCGACGGCAUCGACUACAGCCAGCAGAAGAGAGAGAACGUUGGCGACCUCAUUCAGGAGACUCUGGAGGUGUUGGAGCGCUACGGCGGAGAGGACGCAUUCAUCAACAUCAAUUUUUGUGAAGGAGCACAGUUCAGGCAGGUGUCCCAUGGUGCAGUAAUGAGCGUGAAUCCUUUUUUCAUGGAAGCUGGAGACGGACCCUGUCGCAACGUGCCUGGGAAGGCCACCUGGAAUGACGGCCCUCAGCAUUCCGAGGCAAACUCGUGCUCUUAAAGAUUGUGGGAGACUUCCUCUCAACUUCAUGCGAAAGUGUUGCACUUGCUCUCGUUCCUAUCGUUACACAAUGUCGGUGGAGGUUUCCUGGAAGAUUUUCAACACAGUCCUACAGUGUGCUGUGGGUUGAAAAUAUAUGGAUAUGACAUCAAAACAUGAAUAUGAAGUAAGUACAUGGACUAUUGAGACAAUUAAUUGUGCUCAGUUACAUAUUUCAGUUUUAUCUCUCUACAGUAUAAAAAUUUAUAAUAAUGAUCACUAUAGACUGCAUCAGACAACAAAGGAUUUCCUAUGCUUGAAAAACAAGCGGUUGUGAAGUUGAAAGGCGAUGGAAAAUCAAUCAUCCUAAAAAAAAAGGAAUACCCUGAAGCUCAGUCACAAGUAUAUAAAAAAAAAAAACAGGCAGGAAUUUACCCAAAGUAAAUUAUGCUUAAUGUCUACACUCAAUUUUGGGUUUUGCUUGUGAAGAUUACGUGUAUGUGAAUUACACGUGUAAAAUAAUGUGUACAAUACAGCCAUUUGGAAACCACGUGUGUAGUAAGCAGUAUGUCAAAAUGGUAGACCAAGGAAAACACCUACUCUUGAUGAAAGAAACCUUUUUGAAAGCGUGGAAUAAAGACUCAAACUACUGUUCAUGACAUCAGCAGCAAACGUCCCGAGGGAAGGGAGCAAGGCCAUGAAGAAAAGUACAGACACAACAUGAGUAUAAGUUGCAAAACACCGGCCAGAAGAUAGGAUGACAUGACUAUACAAGAUCAUAAAGAAGACCACUCUGGAAUUUGACAAAACAAAUCAAUCGACCUUUCCGAUGGCGAUCUUAAGCGCCGCCCCCUUGCAGUGUCCCACGAGCUUCCAAAAUGGCGAUUGAACAGAACAGGUUUGAAGUCGAUUCUCUUAUCGCGUAUUCCAGAUGAUAUUGGAGUAUGGUUUUUUUGCCAAAUGUGUCAGACUUGUCCAAGAGAGGUCUCAACUAUUUCACCCAAGGAUAUGUACACGGAAUUAAGAUUUUGGACGGAGCAGGACGCAAUGUCAGAGUUACAGCGAAACGUUGGCGAUCGAUGCAAAAAAAAGUUUGACACCUCACAAACUUCAUAUUGA